CCCCCCGCAGCCCAGCGCCCCCGCUGCCGCCGGCACCUACAUCGCCAGACCUGUCUGCUGCCGCCAUGCCCGGAGGUCUGCUUCUCGGGGACGAGGCUCCCAACUUCGAGGCCAAUACUACUGUCGGCCGCAUCCGUUUCCACGACUACCUGGGAGACUCAUGGGGCAUUCUCUUCUCCCACCCUCGGGACUUUACCCCGGUGUGCACCACGGAACUUGGCAGAGCUGCAAAGCUGGCACCAGAAUUUGCCAAGAGGAACGUUAAGAUGAUUGCUCUCUCAAUAGACAGUGUUGAAGACCAUCUUGCCUGGAGCAAGGAUAUCAAUGCUUACAAUGGUGAUGAACCCAAAGAAACAUUACCUUUUCCCAUCAUUGAUGAUAAGAAUCGAGACCUUGCCAUCCUGUUGGGCAUGCUGGACCCAGCAGAGAAGGACGAAAAGGGCAUGCCUGUGACAGCUCGUGUGGUGUUUAUUUUUGGUCCUGAUAAAAAACUGAAGCUGUCUAUCCUCUACCCAGCUACCACUGGCAGGAACUUUGAUGAGAUUCUCAGAGUAGUUAUCUCUCUCCAGCUGACAGCGGAAAAGAGGGUUGCCACCCCGGUUGAUUGGAAGGAUGGAGAUAGCGUGAUGGUCCUUCCAACCAUCCCUGAAGAGGAAGCCAAAAAACUUUUCCCUAAAGGAGUCUUCACCAAAGAGCUCCCAUCUGGCAAAAAAUACCUCCGCUACACCCCACAGCCAUAGGUCUCUGCAAGGAGCUGGGGCUGGAGCUGCUUGCUUAGCACAGUGAGCCGGAGGAUCUCAGCUGCCAGUCCUGUUCUCCUGAGCAAUUUCAUAAAAACAUCCUGGUGCGAUCACAGCUGAGGUCUUAAGGUUGCUCUACUGCUGGCUUAUUAAAUGAAAAUGGCACUAAAAGUUUCUUGGGAUUCUUUACUCUGUGCCUCCACCAGCAUUCUAUUCUGUUCAUAUAUCUUAGCACUCUGCUGUCUCUCUCUGAAAUAUAUUCUAUAUCUGAGACUCAAAUCUGUUGGAUCUCUGCAGGGUACAAUCAGCGAGGUUGAAAAAGCCUGCUUUGCUCCAUCAUAGAAUGGUUAUAAAUUUUUCAGCUGUUCUCAUCAAAUCCUCUCUUCUGUUACCCGUUUUGGGGAGCAACGGAACUUGAGGUUCAACUUCUUCUGUAGAUGACUAAGUAUAUAAUUCAAGAACUUAGAGUAACCCAAUUGAUUUUCAGUAUUCAGUGUUUUAAUCACCGCUGGGGAAAAAACUUCAAUUCUGAACUUUUCCAGGAGAUAACUGAAGUUGGGAGUGGGGAGGUCUUGAAAAAUUUUGCUAUAAAGAAAAUUUUUCAAUAAUUUUUUAUCCAAAGAGGGAGGCUGCAGAAAAGGCUCCAUGUGUCUGCUAGGGAGGUGAACCAGAAGGUGCCAGCAAUAUGACACUGCCUUUCACACGGUAUUUCCCAGGUCAGGCUGCUCUCUGCUGAUGUGCACAGGGAAGGGGCACGCCCUGGGGAGAGAGGCGAGGAGGACUGACAAUGUUUUAUUAUAGAACUGUUCUUGCAGUGAGGGGGGUUAUUUUCUGAAUUUUGCUUUUGAGGGAUCGGUAAAUAAAUCCUUUGUUAAAACUGGA